AUGAAGCAUUACCAUGCUGCAACAAACCUAGGAUUACUCCAGGCCAACAUGACUUGGUGCUACAAGAACAGAGGACCGGAGUACCAUUGGAUCCCUGACCUCUAUUCACGAAUGGGUCUUCCAAUCCUUGAUGGCAUUCAAGAAAUGGUAUGCAAAAUUCUGUCUACUUUGUAUGUGAUUUGUUGUAUGUGCUAUUUAUAACAUAACUAAGAUAGUGCACGUGCUCUGAUUGGUUAAAAACCUAUGGUUCAUUGUGCCGGUAAACUCAUAGAAAACUUAGAGUUAUUUUAUAAAAGCAAUAGACCACACUUUCUAUGGGUUUACUGGCAUGAUAACCCACUUUUACAAUGUACAAGCUUUUAUCGUCUUCUCCCAACAUCCCACGUGGGUUAUCAUGCCGGUAAACACAUAGAAAGUGUGGCCUAUUGCUUAAAUGUUGUAUCUAUGUAAGCCUAUCUGAGCAUGUUUCCUGCAAAAAUUUUAUUUGUGUGACACGUAUGUAAUACAUUACUGGUGUUUCACCUAUUUUGUCGAUCACUGGUCAUUGUUGAUCACAGGAAAAUAUGUUGAUAACUGGGCAUUGCAAUUGAUGUUACAAUACUAUGAACAUAAAGAGCUAAUAUUAUUGUAACUAUGGCCAUUUUAUUACAGUGUCAACACGACAAUGAGGAGAGACACAAGAGACUGGAGCGCUACAAAACUGCGGAAGGGAAGAGAAAAAGAGUUCAGCGAAAAAUUGACCAUGCAGAGGAGCAGAAGCUAAGGUACUUUCUCUUACCUCAUUAGAGUCAUGUUCCAUUGUCUUCUAUUUCGAUAUUAAUGUGUAAACUUUAGACUAGAGGUAGUUGCUUGUCUUAGCUAUAAUUAAAGGGACUACUGUACAUUGUGGAGAUAUUUACUAAUUGCUUUUACUUAGACACAAAAUGUUCUGAUAAACUGGGAAGGAUAACAAAUGCAUUUUAUUAGACAAGCCAAGCUAAAACAGAUUUUCAGUUUUUAUGUUGUUGUUGAUAUCAAUCUUUGUCUGUUUUCUUUCCUUCAGAAAGAAAUAUGUCAAAAAUUGCCGAAUACAGCACACCUAUGGUGAGGAUGCAGAGGAUGACCUGGUUGAAGAAGAAGCAGUGUGGCUCACUGAGGCUGCAGUCCGUGAUGGAAGUGCAACUGGUAUCACUCUAUCUGAUACUGCUAUGCCAGCACCCCACGGAGCAGUUGUAGAAGUGGGAGGGAAGAAGUGCAAAUGGUGUGGUAGCAACACUCACUCCCGCAAGAGUCACAAAGACUGCCCAUAUAAUAAGUUAAAGGUGUAGGGCUUUUGCUCAAACAAGACUUUCCUUUUUUGAUAACAGUUACAGUGACCAAAAUAAUCUGGCUGAAGAAUUUUUGUGACACUGCUUUUCUGUAAGGCCUUUUAUGGAAUAUUUAUUCUUGCUUUGUUAUCAUCAUUUACAGUAAUCUAACCGUUCUAAAUUGGAUCAACGGUGGCAAAACAAUUCAUUCUUGUCUAAGAUAGCCAGUGUCCAAGAACUUUUAUAGGCCCAAUUGACUGAGAUAAUUUUGAAACAAUAAAAUGUUCAAUCUGAAUGUAUUUCAGCAGCCAUCAGUGAAAAGUACAGACUGCAGACCAUUGUGUUCACCGUGCAAAUGAGUACAUGACAACAAUACCCCAUUGUUUUUCACCCCUAAAGACAAUAGUCCACAGUCAGUGAGCAGUCUGCAUUUUACACUGCCCUAUUUUCAGCAGUAAUUUGAACACAGCAUGGGUAACUGAGAAUGUUGCAUUUUGUGGAAAAGGUGGUAAACCAGUAGCUAUGGGCAAUAAUGAACCCUCUUAGUUUGUUGUUACAAUCUGGUUCACUGAUCCUGAAGAGGAUCCAGUGGAAGCUCUCUAAACCACACUGUCAUCAGGGCAACUUUGUUUGUUUGAUGUCAUUUGUUUUCUUCAUCAACAAAUUGCAUGGUGAUUAUAAUUAUAUUUGUAGACCUGACAGGCUACAUUGGUGGCUGAUAUUGGGAUAAUAGUAAUUUGUUUUGACAAUAAUAGCCAAGUGAUAACUUAAGAAUCCAUUUUUUUUUGCUCCAGUAUCAAAGACACCCUUUUGUUAGUGAUAUGAUGCACAUGCAUUUUGAGUAGAUACAGUUCUCUUUCAUGGUCUCAAAGAGCAAUUUUACUGCAUUACUUGAAUUGAACUGUAAGGUUGACCAUUGGCACCACAAAGGAGUGCCUUUUGGAAGUGAACAUUAGAAAGACGGAUGUAUUUUCAAGACCAAUUACCGGGAUAAAGAAACAUGGAUUACUGUUACUUGGAAAAAGCAUGAUAAUUAUACCAGGAAUUUUAAAAGCACAUGUUUAUUUCCAAAUAUAUAUCAUGAUUACUCAAAUUUUUGUAGAAAAGAUAAGCGGAAAUGCACUAGAUUAUUGAAUACAAUUUUGGAAUAAAAUAAUUAAAAAAAUAAGUGUAACUUCAUUUAUCUCCAGGCCAUUUUGCCGUGAAUUAGUCUGACAUCGUGACCUUGUAGACCUGAAAUUCAAGAAAAGUGCAAUGUUAGUUUGGUGGUGGGAAUUCGAAACCUUUUUAUAUGAAUAAUGAUAUGUCCAUCAAAAAACCCUGAAGAGAGAUAUAAGGAGGCACGAGAUAA